CUUCCAACUCUUAUAAAAGCUUCGUCAUCGGAGUACCUCAAGAGCUCUCACAGAAAGCCUUCACGGCAGGUUCAACAAGCGGACCAGAUACAGACCUACCGCGCUUCACAGACAACACACAAUACAAUGCCACUCAUCGUCAUAACCGGCCUCCCCACCUCGGGCAAGACCACCCGCGCGCGACAGCUCGAGGCUUACCUCCGGGAGCGCAUAGCCGCCGCCGCCGCGGCGUCCCCGGCGCGCCAGCAGCAGCACCGGCUGCACGUGAUAUCGGACCAGACGCAGUCGAUCCCGCGGUCGGCGUACGACCUGUCGGCGAGGGCGCAGCCGGCGCACACGCGGUCGGCCAACGCUACGGAGAAGGACGCGCGGGCGGCGACGUAUGCGGCCGUCAAGAGGGCGCUGGGGCCCGGGACGGCGGACAUCGUGCUCCUCGACGGGCUCAACUACAUCAAGGGGUGGCGGUACCAGCUGUUCUGCGAGGCCAAGAAUGCGGGGACGGGGAGCUGCGUGCUGCAGGUUGGGUGCGGGCUUCAGAGAGCGAGGAGGGUGAAUGAGGAGAGGCUGGAGAGGAGGGCGAGGAGGGAGCGCGGGGAGGAGGCGGGAGAGGGCGCCGAGGACGACGAGGAGCCGUACGAGCCUGACAACUGGGAGAACCUGGUGUUCCGGUACGAGGAGCCGAACGCGAUGAUGAAGUGGGACAGCCCGCUGUUCACGCUGAUAUGGGAGGACGACGAGGCGAGGACGAAGGAGGUCUUUGACGACCUGUGGGAAACCAUCGCCGGCAAGUGGACGAAGGUCGUCCGCGCCAACCAGGUCACGGUGGAUAAAAACAAGGACUUUGGCGGGGACUAUCUCUACAUACUGGAGAGGGAGACGCAGGAAAUCGUGAAGAGGAUACUGGAGCUACAGGGGGACGAAGGUGGGGGCAGGGUCGUCCUACCGAGAAGCGCGCUGGACGUCGGGGAUGAGCUGGUCGUCGAGCUCCCCGGCAAGAAGGUCGGCUUGCCACAGUUGCAGAGAUACCGAAGGGCCUUUGUAGCGCUCAGUCGAGGCGGUAUUGGGUUGGACACUGUGGACGACGUGGGGCGGGCAGUGAGGUUGCGGGAGAGACGAAACAAGAUGGCACGCCUAUCACAUGGUCCGGCGGCUCUAGCCCCAGGCGGGCGGGCUGCCGACCCUUUGACAGAUUUAACCCGCCUCCUUGGCAGGCUGCAACAGACAGUCCUCCGGGCGGACGCAGAGCGGGAACGCAGGCUCCGGGCGAGCGAGUACGAGAGGAGGAGGGUCGAUACUCUGACUAACCGGUGUCCGCGCCCCACGAAUAAGAACAUAAACCACGCCCGGACGCUCCUCACGAGACUAGAGCAGGAGGCCCUCGCGGUCAAGGUGCACUCCCGGAGACAGGACCUGCUGACGGACCUGAACCGGAAGCGGGAGGUGAUCGACCAGCUCACGGAGCGCAUGGGCGACCUGGAGGAGAUUGCGAACGUGGCCGGGUACGACGACGACGACGACACCUCAGACGGAGAGGAUAUCCUGGGCGAGAUCAUUGCGACGCCGAGCGAGAGCAUGGACUCCAGGUCGACGAGCGGCGUGGCGCUGGAAGGUGGUGGAGGGGAUGCGGAGGAGGGGUCGGAGCCGGUACCGGAUUUGCAGGAGGAGGAGCCUCCGAGGAAACUAAAGCCGACGCCGGAGCCGCACCCCGAGGAGCAGAAGGCGGCCAUUGAAGAAAAGGGGCCGAAGAUAUCCGAAAAGACGGAAACAGCCACAUCGCAGACGGUGCGAUCGCGCGGGAAACCCCCCACCACAACCACAGCGCCGGAAGAGAAGGACGCCGAGGCACGGGCGACGGGCUCAUCCCUCCUCGGGGGGCGGACCGCCGCGCCGUCGCAGACGACGACAACAGCAACAACAACGACAACAACAAAGUCGGUGACGGCAACGACGGAGGCGAUCCUGGACCACCAGCGCGCGGAGCAGGACUUGCUCUCGGAGUCGAUACUGCGGAUGGCGGGCGACCUCAAGACGUCGUCGCAGGCCUUCUCGCGGUCGCUGGAGGAGGACCGCGACGCGCUGGGCCUGGCGGGCGAGUCGCUGGACCGGAGCGGCCGCGGGCUCGAGGCCGCGGCCCGCCGCCUCGGCGCCCUGCGCAGGAUCACCGAGGGGAAAGGCUGGUGGGGCCGCAUGCUGCUGUACGCUUGGGUCUACGGCCUCAUGGUCGUGCUGCUGGUCGUCGUGUUUGUCUUGCCGAAGCUGCGCUUCUGAUUGGAGAUAGACCUGGUUGUUUGAGUGCUU